AUGAAGGCACGGCUGCAAGGCGCGACAAAGGGGCACGCUCUGCUGAAGAAGAAAGCGGAUGCCCUGAAUAUGCGGUUCCGACAAAUCCUCAAGAAAAUUGUCCAAGCCAAGGAGCAGAUGGGGGACCUGAUGAAGGCAUCAUUUUUUUCCCUGGCUCAAGCCAGAUACGCAACUGGCGACUUCCGCCACACCGUGCUAGAUGGCGUGGAUCAGGCGUCCAUUCGAGUGCGCGCAACGCAAGACAAUGUGGCGGGAGUGAAGUUGCCCAAGUUCGAGUCUUUCAAGGAGGGGGCAGACACCAAGCUUGCUCUGAUCGGACUUGGGAACGGCGGAAAGCAGAUUCAGGACUGCCGGAAGUCAUUUUUAUCUGCGGUGGAGCUUCUCGUCGAGCUGGCAAGUUUGCAAACUGCCUUCUUGACCCUGGACGAGGCCAUCAAGACCACCAACCGCCGUGUGAAUGCGCUCGAGCAUGUUGUGAAGCCAAAGCUGGAAAACACCAUCGCAUACAUCAAGGGUGAACUGGACGAGCUGGAACGCGAGGAGUUCUUCAGAUUGAAGAAGGUGCAGGGCAACAAGAAGAAGAAUGCGGAUCUGGCUGCUGCCAGGGAGCUGGAGGAGGCCAAAGAGACAACACACAUGCACGACAAAAUAGCCACCGUCCUGGAAGUUGAGGACGACGAUGUGAUUUUCUAG